UAUACUUACGCACUCACUAUAAAUGGAUUCUAGUGAUUUCACCGUCAGUGUGAAGUGGAGGGAGGUGGUGGCAGCGGUGCUGCCAGUACCCGAACAACUUUUGCCAAUGUCAAACCUAGAUUUGCUCCUACCACCCCUUGAUGUUGGAAUUUUCUUCUGCUACAAGAAAAGUAGCAAUCAUACGGAGCAAAAUUUGUCGCCUGAAAGUAUGGUGAGCAAUAUAAAGAAAGCUCUUGCUCAAACUCUCGUGUCCUUCUACCCAUUCGCCGGAGAAAUCGUGAAGAACCACCUUGGCGAGCCGGAGCUUCUGUGCAGCAACGCCGGAGUAGAUUUUGUGCAUGCACAUGCUGAUAUAGAGCUCAAAGAACUGGACCUGCAUCGCCCUGAUGUCUCCGUUCAUGGAAAACUUGUUCCCGUAAAGAUUCGUGGCGUGCUUUCUGUUCAGGUGACGGAGCUGAAAGGCGGCGGUCUUGUAAUUGGAUGCACAUUCGAUCACCAGGUGGCGGAUGCCCAUUCGGCCAACAUGUUUAUGACUGCAUGGGCGGAGAUUUCUCAAUCAAAGCCAACAACCCACCACCCAUUUUUCCGCCGUUCACUUUUAGCCCCACGCCUCCCUCCGCAACAUGAUAAAUUGAUAGAUAAAAUGUACGUAAUGUUAUCAUCCAUUCCCCCACCUCCAAAGGAAAUCGAGGUAAGUAAUGAUCACCUAUUGAGCCGAAUAUACUACAUGAAAGCAGAAGAAAUCGAACGCCUCCAAUUCCAAGCCAGUUAUAAUGGAACUAGAAGAAGCAAAAUCGAGUCAUUCAGUGCAUUUUUAUGGAAAACAAUAGCCGAAGGAGGGAAUGACCUUUCGAAGGGAGUAAGAUUGGGCAUUAUAGUUGAUGGAAGAAAAAGGUUGGAAGGAAGAGAAAAGAAGAAUUUGUCAUUGCAAAACUAUUUUGGAAAUGUUCUUUCGAUUCCUUACACAGAAGCCAGUAUUCGUGAAUUGAAAUCAAUGACACUCAAAACUGCUGCGGAUUUGGUGCACGACUGCGUGGAGACGGCCGCCACAGAGGAGCAUUUUUCUGGGCUGAUUGAUUGGGUAGAAAUUCAUAGGCCAAGGCCGGCCAUUGUGAAGGUGUAUUGUCCGGAUGGAGUCCAAGGCAACUUCAAUGUUUUUGUAGUUCCAACCAAAACUCUCCCAAUUAGAACUCUUGUGCUUGUAAUGUCUCUCUAUAAUUCAGCCAGUGCUUCUCUUUUAUUCCCACAGCAGAGUUUGGGAUACUAA